UGCAUUGAGAAGCAUCGUCUUAAAACAUGUCAGAGAAAGGAGAAGUUGAUCUAACUGGUGCCAAGCAGAACACGGGUGUAUGGCUUGUAAAGGUACCCAAAUAUCUCUCUCAGCAAUGGGCAAAAGCGACUGGCAGAGGAGAGGUCGGGAAACUCAGAAUCUGCAAGAAGGGGAACCAAGGAAAACCAGAGGUCAGUUUCACUUUGAAUGAAGAGCUGACUGUGAUUCAGGGUAUAGAAGACAAAACAGUGUCUGCGCCCCGAGACCACCCGUUCACCAUGCAGUCAGUGGGAGGUCAGAUGUUGGCAGUCUUCACAGAAACUUCAUCAGGCCAGUCAGAAGAGAGAUCUGAUGGCAGCAGCUCAGGUUCGGGGGCGGGGGCAGGUCCAGAUAAAAUAGCCUUGGAGGGAGUGGUGGUACAGAGAGCAGAGUGCAGACCUGCUGUUAGUGAAAGCUAUAUGAGACUAAAGAGGUUACAAAUAGAAGAGUCCUCUAAGCCAGCCAGGCUGUCACAACAGUUGGAUAAAGCUGUCACCAGCAACUACAAACCUGUGGCCAACCAUGCUUACAAUCUUGAGUAUGAGCGGAAAAAGAAGGAGGAGGGCAAGAGAGCAAGAGCUGACAAACAGCAGGUGUUGGACAUGCUGUUUUCUGCUUUUGAGAAGCACCAGUACUACAACAUCAAAGACCUGGUGGAUAUCACGAAACAGCCUGUGAGUUACUUGAAGGAAAUCUUGCGAGAUAUUGGCAUCUACAAUGUGAAGGGAACACACAAAAAUACCUGGGAGCUCAAGCCAGAGUACCGACAUUACCAAGGCGAGGAAAAGACUGACGAGUAGUUUCUGACCCUUUGAAAGGUCGAUGCACCACCUCUUCAUUUGACAGAGGUCCCCCCCCCAGGUCGGGCCUUGGAGCUCACCCCUGAUUUCCUUACAAUCAGGUCCCAAAACACACCAGAUGAUGAGGUCAAGCAAAGAUUGAAUUUUACAAGGAGAGGUUGUUGUAUCUUCUUAUUUUGUAGGAGACAAAAAGGAGGGACAGUGGGAAACAACUUGAGGUUUAUGCUCAAGUGCACACCAUCAUAGCUCCUGUAAGGCCUCAAGGUAAAAGCCCCCUGGUAUUUGACUUAGUUGUUUUGUCUGUCAGAGGCAUAGGGUGUAGUAUUUAAUGAAGCAAAAGAUGUGUUUAUGAACUCUCGUUCUUAGCAUUGAAUUAUUUUUCUAAUGUUUUGACAAGUAUAUCCAGAGGGAAGGAGCUUAAUGUUUAAUGGAUAAAUGUUAACAAAGGAAGGAUGUGACACUGGUAAUGGCCCUCACCACUGAACUGAUGUGUUGAGGUUUCUUUUUCUACAUGUGUAAUGUUUUUUUAGAAAUACAAAUUAACAGGUUUCCCCACCAUGACUUGCAUUGGCAAAAUUUUAAAAUCUACACCAUUGCUGUUGUGUGUUAUGUUAACUGUUAAUUUUAAAGUGUUUUACAUUUGAUUGACUUAUGCAAUAAAUGUUUCAAUAGUAA